UUUCGGAGAAAUGAAGAUGUCUCUGCCAGUCGGUUUGAGGACAACGAAGAACUGAGGUAUUCACUGCGAUCCAUCGACAGAUUUGCUCCCUGGGUUAGACACAUAUAUAUCAUCACCAAUGGUCAGAUUCCUUACUGGCUCAACAUGGAACAUCCACGGGUCACCGUGGUUACACACGAGGAACUGUUCCCUAACAAGACUGACCUGCCUACCUUUAGUUCACCAGCUAUCGAGGCUCAUGUCCAUCGUAUCCCCGGACUGUCCAAACGCUUCAUCUAUCUCAACGAUGAUGUCAUGUUCGGUAAAGAUGUGUGGCCUGACGACUUCUAUACCUUCAGUGGAGGUCAAAAGGUGUAUUUGACUUGGCCUGUACCAAACUGCCAAGAUGGCUGCCCGACAACCUGGAUCAAAGAUGGCUACUGUGACAAAGCCUGUAAUAACUCGGACUGUGAAUGGGACGGUGGAGACUGCACAGGUGACCAUGUAAACCAGGCAGCUCACUGGCAAGGAGGGGCGUGGCAGGGAGAUACUGGGGCAGACUACUGUUUCCAAGGCUGUCCAAACUCCUGGCUGGCUGAUCGCUACUGUGAUACAACGUGCAAUAAGCUUGAGUGUGGAUUUGACACUGGGGAUUGUGGCAUAGAUAACUUCCAUCAGCUGUAUCGAGUCAACCUCCUCCCAUCCUUAACUCACUACACAAUUCCUAAAGGUGAAACAGUCAUCUACUUCAACCUAACUUCCUUGGUUGGUUUGAAGGGAUCAAUUUUUCACGCGAGUUACAACCAGUCCAAUGUCGUGAGAACUGCAGCUGUGGGCAACAAGUUUAGGGUCAUGACCCUUCUGUUACACCCAAAGCAUAAUAAAACUGUGGUGACCUUCACCUUGAAAGGUCACAAGGGUAACAGCAAUGCUACAGUAGAGCUUGUUUUUAAUGUGACUGUUGACACCCAUCCUGUGAAAGAGAAAAAGAUCAGUGUCAAUGAAACUCUUGAGAUAGUAAAAGGAAAUAAGACACAUGGAAACAUCACAGAGACCAAGACUGAGGUGAAGGAAGUCAAGCUCCAGGAUAUUCCAAAAGACUUGUGGCAUCCCAAGGUAAAGGAGUCAGAAAAGGAAUUGCCAGAACUGCCAUCUCACAUGAAUUUAUCUGCCAUAGAACUUCCCCAGGCUUUGGCACUAGAACUGAACAAAUCCAGACAACAGUUGAUGGAUGGUGAACUGACAGAAAAAGGAUUUAUAAUCCAACAGCAGAUCGUCUGGCAAAAAUUCCAAAUUCUACAAAAACAAAAUCAGGAAAAUGGCAUCCAGCAACCUAUUGUUCAAAAACAAAACAACGGACAACAACCUAUUGUCCAAAAACCCAACAACAAUGGACACCAACCUAUUGUCCAAAAACCCAACAACAAUGGACAGAGAAAAUUACUCGGCCUUACCAGAUCUUCUGUUGUUAUGGAUCAGAAUGGCUACCUGAUGGAACUGGAGGAUGAACAGGCUGAAAAUGAACAUUUAAGAAAUAUUAUUAUCAACAAUAGGCCAGCUGCUUCAGACAGUCAUCUUCCAUGGGAAAAAGACGGCAUCUUUGACAAGAUUCAAAUGGAGAAAGAGAAGUUGGAGCGAUUGCAGCAGUUCUCCGUGUCCCGGAGACGAGGACGCCGCCUCUUGGAUACUUUUGGCGAUUCCUUACGCCAUGUCAACAAAUUAUUUAACAAGGCGUUCGGGUACACGGCACGGAAGGUGCCUGGACACAUGCCUCACAUGAUCGACAAGGAUAUCAUGAAUGAACUUCAGGACAUGUUUCCUGAGGAGUGGGCUGUCACAUCCUCACACAAGAUCCGUAGUUCUGACGACAUGCAGUUCGCCUUUUCCUAUUAUUACUACCUGAUGGGUGUCACAAAGAAUGUCACCAUUGAACAGGUCUUUGAUGAAAUGGACACAGACAAAUCAAGGGUUUUGUCAGACAGGGAAAUUCGUACAUUUGCCACCAGGCUGUUUGAACUGCCUCUGAACCUCCCUAUGCUUGUGAAAAUCGAGGACAUGAUGAGGAACUGCUCCAAGCACUUACCAGCAGAUGUUGUACAGGAGUACCCUCCAGUUGCAGAGGAGACUUACUACGAGGAAGGCAUGCCUCAAGUGACUAGAAACUUGUUCAUACAUUGUGAUCCAAUGGUUGAGCUUGUUCACAAAAAUUUCAAACCAGUGAACAAGUACAGUUUUACGUUGAUGGAUGACGCAGAAAUUGCAUUUAAGAUGAUAAAAAGUAAUAUAUCAACUGUGGUUGGACAACUAGACGAUAUACGUAAACAUCCAAAAAAAUUCAUUUGUUUAAAUGAUAAUAUAGAGCAUAAUAAGGAGGAUGCUAAAACAGUCAAAGCCAUAUUACAGGACUUUUAUGAAGCUGUCUUCCCAAUACCAUCACAGUUUGAACUUUCCAGGGAAUACAGGAACCGUUUCCUUCAUACUGACGAGCUCAGGGAAUGGAGGAAAUACCGCGACUGGCUCAAGUUUUGGACACACUUGGCCUUAGCUGUACUGGUUAUCUUUACUGUGGCUUCAUUUUUCGCAGAAAAGAUUGAGGCAGCACAAAAAAAACUAUUCCGUCGACGUCGUCCUAAAUCGACCUCAUCAACGUCGGAGACUGAAACAAGCGAGGCAAAAAGCCAGACGAGACCUCCCAGCGCUGUGGAGACCGUUUGACGGUUACUGCUCUGGAUAAUCACACCAGACAUUGUAAUGAUUAUACUCAUUAUCAUAUUGUUAGUUAUCGUAAUUAUGAUGGUCGUUGAAUCAUACAAAUUCUGAAGUUUUCUUCUUAAUCAUUUUACAGGAUGUAGAAAUGUAUCUCAAGUGUACAGACAGCUUUUUUAGAGCGAGUCAGGAAUGAGAAUUAAAUUGGCAUGUUACCAGCAGUUUUCAGAUACCAAACAUCAUUAUUUAAUUUUUCCAGGAUUUUUAAUCUGAAUUAUUCAGUACAGUGGUUAAAACUGUUUCAGAUUUUCUUAAAUUUACAAAAUUAUAUACUGGUUGUAGCUUUGUAUUUUUUUGGGUUGUAUUGAUUUAUUUUGUUUUAAGAUAGAAAUGUUAUUUUCAUCUUCAAAAAAAUCUUUGACUAUAUUUUUUUAUGAUUUUUAUAAAAUGUUCGUUUUAGUGUAAUAGCAGUAUCUUUACCACAUUGUUGUCUGACUAAGUGAUAGUUGCUAAGGGAACGGAAAGUAAACUGUUUAGAGAUCAUUUCUACAAGAUUGACCAUUAUAUGUUUUGUGUGAUUAUUCAGAGCCAGACAUGAUUGUUUUAUAAUACUCUACGCAGUACCAUAUCAAUUUCAUUGUUGAACAAAUAUGUCGCUUUGGUAUAUACAUGUAUACCAAAAACAAGAUCUAGAACAGUGGAAUGUUGUGGGGAAAAAUAACCUGUUUAUAUAGUGAUUACAUUGUAUUUAGGAUUCCAGAUCAGCUUGUUCUGCAAUUUGCUGAUACUUGCAGAUAGUUUUAAAAGUACCUUUUUUUUUAAUUCUUGUUUUCUCAUGUACUUUUACCUGAUCAUGAACUGGAAAAAAUUUGAUUUUCAUUUCUUGAAUUUUACAAUUAGAACAUUAUUUCUGGAAUGAAUUAUUAUCAAAUAUUUCAAUUCACAAAAUAAAGUGAUUUACAGAGUUUAAUUUGUCUGGAGAAUUCUACUUUAUACGUACUUAUAAUACUGUCCUCACAUAUCCAAAUAAUAUAUAGCUUUUCUAGGAGUUGGUUUCUGGAUAUAAUUAUAGCAUUAAGUAGCAAGGUCUCCGAAAUUGAUGGAAUCACCUGAUUUUUCACAUUUCUUCAGAUUAGAAAAAUAGAAAUUUUUCAAAGAGGCAUUUUAAAUUAAUUAAAAUGCUAUUCAAUCAGAUCAUAGCUCAUUAAAAAAUAAAGAAAGGGACUUAUUUGCAGAUAAGUAUGGUAUAUUAAUGCGAUGGAUUGUCAGGACCUUGCUGGUAUUUUAACUCAACUCUCUGGGCCCAGUUGUUCAAGAGGUAUAAUUGCUUGAUUUGUGAAGAACUAUGUUCUCCUUCAUAUCAAAAUCUGAGUGUAUGUAUUCAUUCAAAUGGGCUGGUAGGAAGAGAAUGAUGGGUGUCAUAGUUUCACAAAAUUUCGUCAAGUUAGUUUUACCAGAAAUGAUUUAUCAAGAUUUUGAUAUUGUUGUUAAACUGUGAUUAGCCCAAUCACCUUUUGAAUAACUGGGCCCUGAGGUGACUAUUGUCCAUUGUCAUGUAAAGUCCUGAAGUUAUAUGUACCUUACAGUAAUAUUUACAGCACAACAGCUUAUGUUACAGCAUAAUUCGUGUAUUUGGAAUAUGUGUACCCACAGACCAAGUUGUUAUUUAGUUCUGGUGUACCUGAAGAAUAAUGUUUUCUCUUAGUUAUGAAAAGUGUUCAACUACUUCCAAAUAUAAUUGGGAUAUUAUAUGUGUUGAUGAUAUUGAGGUUACUGGAUAUUUAGAAUACUUGUGCUAUCUCUGGUAAUGUAUACAUGUUGAUGUAUAAUCGAAUACAUGAUGUCUGUAUGACGUUUGUGAACAAACCAUGUACUUUUAUGUAUAUCAGGAUAUUGAAAGUGAUUGUGUAUGCAAUGUACAUAAUAUACAUACUGUAGGUGAGAAUGAACGUUGUUGAGAUUUUAUGUUUUUGAACAAAUUAUAACGAGUACACAGUUGGAAUAAUAUCUAUCAUAAGCACUUCUGACAACACCUCUUUUUCAAAGCCUCGGUGAAGUUUCUCUGGUCCAUGAGAAGGAUUUUGAUUUCAAAAAGUCUAUAAUCACUUGCAGUCACUCAUGAUCAUUAACUUAUUUGUCUGAAUGCGUUAUUUUAGAUGUUUUUUGGGGGUUUUUUUUAAGAAAAAUCCAACUUAAAGUAUAUGUUUUGUAAUUGUUUUCCAAGUGCUGCGGGUUGUAUGGAGAUUGUAUAUCCAGGUAUUGUAGAUAAUUUUAUACAUUAUUUAAUUGGUGUUAUUUUGUAUAUCUGGACAUAAGUUCAUAGUCAUGUUGCAACAUGAUAUAAAUGUUAUUUUUGCCCAAGUCUGUCAGAAAUCCGUAAUAUAUAUUAUAUAAACUUUAGCCAGUGCAUCUAACUGAUUUUUAUCCCCUGCCCAACCAAGUUGGCAGGGGAUAUACAAAUGGGUUCAGUCAGUCGGGAUUCGCCUUCUGCACAAUACCUUUUGAAGGAAUGAUCAGAUUUUUUAUGAAACUUGCUUGGUAGACUUAUUACCUAAACCCUUCACUCAAGUUUUUAUCGUCAUAUUCCACACACAUUUCAUUACUUAACUAUAUAAAGAGAAAUGUUGGUGCGAUGGUCAUAAUUUGUUGGUUGUUUAAUACUAGGUAACAUAAGGGUCAAUCUGAUCUCUUCAAGGAUUAUUGUUAGGCUAACUUAGCUCUUCUGGCCAGAAGGUUCUGGUGAGUUUAUAAUUAUGGCAUGGUGCGAUCCAUCAACAUUCAUUUAUAUCGCUACUAGUCCUGAACGAGUGAAUCGAUUUUGAUAUAAUUUGGUCUGGAGCAUUACUGACCAAAGGAGAUUCAAUGUUGUAUACAUGUAUAAGUGAGGAGUGUGGCUCCAUUAAGGUGAGUGAGAAAGAUGGGGCCCCAAUAGGAGGAAUAUAGCAAAUACGCCAAAUAGAACGACAUGAUUUGGCCCACAUUUGGUUUGAACCAUCAUUGGGAAAUAUUUACAUUUGCUCCGCAUUUCCCCAUUGACACAAUGCUAAGAGGCAGUUGCCACCAUACGCCUAUAGCACCCAGUGCCUCAGGCUAUAACACCCAGUGGGUCAUGUGACAUUAAAAAAGGCGAGUUUUUUUUUUUUUUUUUGUUGGUUC